CGAGAUCAUACAUGAUUUGGCUGCUAGCUUACAGAAGCUUCAAGCCACCUCACGGAUCCAAGAUAUCAUGCAUCUGGAUCAGUUCCUCGACCCUUUAGAAGAACAGGUUGAUGAAACAACUACCGAUAUUGAUAAUAUUGUUCUAAGCCAGUAUUCUGCAGCAGUCGAUGACGAAGUUGAGGAUGAUGAUGAUAUAGUCGAGGCUCUACCAGCCAUAUCAUCUACCAGGGCCCUGCAGGCAUUAUAUGACCUUCGCUUGUACGAAGAACAACAAGCUGAUGCUAAUCAAGCAUCUUUACACUCGCUAGCAGGUCAGGAACGUGAUAUUCUUCGAAGAAAGGUGUUGAACGCGCAACAAAGUGAUAUACGUGGCUACUUUAGGUAGAAUACUCGAUAGAAUCAAGACCUCGAUAUAAGGA